GCCACACGAUGGAAAACUCAAAGCGCAAGACUCCAGUGGAGGUUCUCCACCUUUCCAUGCCACGAACCGGUUCGGUGUCCAUGAUGGCGGCCUACAAUGCCUUAGGUCUUUCAACGUACCAUGGUUUCGACUUCAUUGCGAGACCGUCGGACCAGAUCCUGUGGGAGAAAGCUAUCGACGCGAAAUUUUAUGGCCGGGGCAGGCCCUUCGAAAAAGACGACUUUGAUGCAUUCCUCGGUGAUUUCCAGGUGCUUAGCGACUUCCCCGUUCUUGGUUUCACGGAGGAGUUUAUCAAAAUGUAUCCACAUGCAAAAGUUGUUCUCGUCGAGCGGGACCUAGAAAAAUGGUACCACUCCUUCAGCUCUCAAGUAAUCGCCGCUUCCUAUACGUGGAUGGUCUGGAUCAUGUUGAAGAUACUGGAUCCCUACUUCAUGCGCGCUCGGCCCGCGACCUUGAUGCUCAAGAUGGAGUAUGGGAUGUUCAAUUGCUCCGAUCGGGCCGGAUUUGAAAAGAAUGCCAAGGAGACGUACCGGAAGCACUACGAACUAGUGAGGAGGUCGGUUCCAAAGGAGAGGAUACUAGAGUAUCAACUUGGAAGUGGUUGGAAGCCCUUGUGUGAUUUCUUAGGAAAGCCCACUCCAGAUGGGGAGUUUCCCUUCAUGAAUGAGUCAAAAGAAUUCGCUAUUUGGAUGCACAAGACCCAGAUUCGGGUCCUAAAGUCCGGAUUAAAGACGAUGCUGAAAACUCUUUGUAUACCUGUGGGUGUUGGGAUAGCCGCUUAUGUAAUGCUCAAGUAAAGCAUUCUGGAAAAAUUUCCGAGGCACCAAAGAUCCACUUCCCGGUCGAACUCGCCUUCUAAGUCGAACCCCUACGUUGCUCAAGAUCGUGGCCAUAAUUACCCCAAUGCUUACGAUGUGCGGAUCCUUGCAUGGGGUGUCGAUCACACGCUUCGUAAAUAGCUUCCCCACAGACAACCCCAAUUAUACUAGCGAUGAUCUUCGUAAUUGCG